CGGUAGGAGAGAGUUCCAAAUGCAUCGAAAUAAAUCACAAAAAGACGUCGCUAGAAUCGUCAUCGUUCACAUUUUCAUUCCCCAAAACUCCAUAAAAAAUCUCUCCCCUUCAUAGAAACAUCCUUUCAUGGCGUGCUGCUGAAAAUCAACUCUCUCCACCGCCCUCUUUUGACCUAUCUCCUCCACUUCUCCCGGAGAUUUCCCCCAUUUCUAUAUAAACAACAAUAAUCUCUCUCAAAUCUUCGGAUGAUUCUUCUUCUUCAUUUCUGUAUCAAUUCGGACCACCAUGUCUAAUAUUCCCACUUCGCUCUCUGAAAUCUGCCUCACUUUCUUCCGCCUCACCAUGUCCACCGCCGAUCCCUGGCAGUACGGAUUCCAACAUCACGGCGGAAUCACCAUUCCUUGUCCGUAUUCCGAGUUCGAGAGCGUUCAGUCGAGAAUCGAGUCAGGCUCGGCCGGCCGGAAACCGCCGUGGAAGCUCGGUUGCUAUGGAGGACGUUGAUUUAAUUUCCGAUGACGACGAUAAAGAUUCCGAAUUCCCGAGGAUAACGACGCUUGGACUUUCCUCAUUUAUUAGUUAGAUUUUUUUUCUCUUCUUAAUUUGUUUUAUAUUUUAGGGCUUUUUUUUCUCUUCCUUUUAAUAAAUUGUGUGGCAGAUUGUAGUUCCCUAGAAAAAAAAAAUUUGUGUACAAACCAUUAAAUUUAGGAUAAAUUACAUUUUAGUCGUUUUAUAAAUAUAUAUAUAUUUUAUUUUUUUGAA